AAUCUCAGCAAUUUACCACCAGGUUGUCAUUCUUCGUUGUCUUCAAUUUAUUUGGCCUUACUCUGCAGAUCUGAAGAUGUGAGGAAAUAUGGCUAUGAAAGGGUCCUAGAGCCCUUGUUGAGGGAUCUUGCCAUUUUGGAAAGUCAAGGUAUUUUUAUUGCACAGCUUGGAGAUUUUGUUAAAGGCACAAUACAGUGUGUCAUAGCAGACAAUUUGGGAGCACAUGGAAUUGCUGGAUUUAUUGAAAGUCUAUUCAGAAAUUUCCUUACAAGUGGACAGACAAAAGUAACCGUCCUCAUGCAAUUCCCAGGACAUUCAUGCUGAAGAAAAGUAUUGGAGGAAAUGCUCAUGAAAAUUGGAGUCUUUUGCGAUUGCUUCCACUUUUGGUUGGACAGUUGGUGCCCCCAGAUGAACCAGCCUGGCAGGUCAUUUUGGACCUUAAAGAUAUCGUUGAGCUAGUUGUUGCACCAGUGCACACAACACAAUCCAUUGCUUUCCUUGAAGCCAGGAUUUGUGACCAUAGAUAUAGGUUACAAGAGGUGUUUCCGGGUUUAAAGCUGUUGCCGAAACAUCAUUUUGUGGAACAUUAUCCACAGAUGAUCAGAUUUUUUGGUCCACUAGUUGGGUUGUGGACAAUGAGGUUUGAGGCAAAACACAGUUUUUUUAAGCAGGUUGUCCGUCACACACGCUGCUUUAAAAACAUACUCUUGUCCCUGGCGGUGAAGCAUCAGUUCAUGAUGGCAUAUCACUUGGCGUCAACCACAACCGAAACAUCUAGCUUGACUGUCUCAGCUGUUUCAACUGUCUCUGUUGACAUUUUGCAUCAGGAUGUGCAGAAGGUUCUGCAGUUGAAAUACCCUGAUAUUACUCACAUUCAGCUCACAAAGAAUGCGUCUGUUAAUGGAGUUAACUACAGAGAAGGUAUGGUUGUUGUUCACGGCUCUGCUGGUGGCUUGCCAGAGUUUGCAGAGGUUAUCCAGAUGGUUGUAGUGGAGAAGAGCUUGAGCUUUAUUGUUAAAGAGCUGGGUGCAUGGUAUAGGGAGCAUUUUAGGGCAUUUGAGUUAUGUCCCACUUCACUAGUCUCCCUCAUUCAACAUGGUGCCUUGUUGGACCAGUACCCCAUGGCAGAUUACAUGAUUGGAGGCCGGCAAAUGGUGACACUUAAAAGAUUCAUACAGAUACAAGGUUGUAUUAUGGUAGUUUGUGUUGUGUUCAUACGCUGCAUGAGUUGAUACACUAAUACACUAAAUAUGGUAACAAGAGGGCUGCCUAACAUUUCUUACAGAAGGACUAAUUUUGUUUUUAGUAAAGUUAGAAAGAAUUUUCUGAGGGAAAUUAUCCAGUCAUCUGACAUCUCCCUGUACUAAAUUACCCUCAUGUUGCCAUUUAUUAUAGAAAUGUGCAUGUUAAGGAAAACAUUUGUGACUAACAUAAUACAAAUGAAUGUUCAAAUCUGUCUGUUUAAAUAUAUCAUGUUCAAAGGAAGAACUACCACACAACCACAAAUAAAGAAAAAAUAUCUAUGUUUUUCAUUCCACACAAAUAAA